AUGUUUUCUUCCUUUUAUUAUAUGAACUUGAUUUAGAGUCAAAAUAAAUAUAUAAGUUUUAUUUAAGUUAUUUUAGGUCGGUGUAUUUGCACAAUAGGUGGCAAUAGUAAACUCUUUAUAGCCGUGGUCUCAGGAAUUCUAAUCUAGUUGGCUGAGGUCAUAGAAGGGCGAAGUAGGUCUUUCGGUUGCUGGUUGGUCUUGUGAAAAUGGGGAGAAGACCUGCUCGGUGUUAUCGUUACUGUAAAAAUAAACCUUACCCUAAGUCAAGGUUUUGUCGUGGUGUGCCAGAUCCCAAGAUCAGGAUUUUUGAUCUUGGAAAGAAAAAGGCUCGUGUUGAUGAUUUUCCAUUAUGUGUACAUCUUGUUUCUGAUGAAUAUGAACAACUUUCAUCAGAAGCUCUUGAAGCAGGACGUAUCUGUGCAAAUAAAUAUUUAGUGAAAAAUUGUGGAAAAGAUCAAUUCCACAUCAGAAUGAGAUUGCAUCCCUUCCAUGUCAUCAGGAUAAACAAAAUGUUAUCGUGUGCUGGAGCUGAUAGGCUCCAGACUGGGAUGAGAGGUGCUUUUGGAAAACCGCAGGGUACUGUAGCUAGAGUACACAUCGGUCAACCUAUCAUGAGUGUCCGUUCCAGUGACAGAUACAAGGCUGCUGUCAUUGAGGCACUCAGGAGAGCCAAGUUCAAGUUUCCAGGAAGGCAGAAGAUCUAUGUUUCUAAGAAAUGGGGUUUCACCAAGUAUGACCGAGAGACAUUUGAGGAACUCAGAGCUGAUGGAAAAUUGGCAAAUGAUGGUUGCAAUGUUAAGUACAGGAGAGAUCAUGGUCCUUUGUCCAAUUGGAAAAAGGUUCAAGUUGAACUGGCAGCUGCUAGUUAAUUUCAUUUUAUAAUUUUCAAAAGAAAAUAAAUUGUUUUAAAUUGACACAC